ACUUUUUUAUGUCAACGGAAGAUAUGCUGGCUUGCUUCUGACUGAUCCUGAAGAGAUUUUCAAAAAUGCCUCGGCCAGGCAAGAACUCCUACAGUGACCAGAAACCUCCAUACUCGUACAUCUCUCUGACCGCCAUGGCCAUUCAAAGCUCCUCUGAGAAGAUGCUCCCCCUCAGCGACAUCUACAAAUUCAUCAUGGACCGUUUCCCGUAUUACCGCGAGAACACUCAACGCUGGCAGAACUCGCUCCGACACAACCUUUCCUUCAACGACUGCUUCAUCAAGAUCCCCCGGCGCCCCGACCAGCCGGGAAAGGGCAGCUUCUGGGCCCUGCAUCCGGACUGUGGAGACAUGUUCGAGAACGGCAGCUUCCUGCGCCGCCGCAAGCGCUUCAAGCUCCUCCGGGUGGAGCAUUCGGCUUGCAAGAGCGGCCCCGUGCUGCACUCCUACCACUCUCAUGCCCAGCAUGCCUUGCACCAAUCCCACCACCAUUCGGGCAAGCUGGGCGUGGGACACCCGGAGUACCUGGGCACCAUGGGGCGGCUCUCGCACUUCCAGAGCUACACGCUUGGCGGCGGGCAGAGCAGUAGCUUCAAACACCCGUUUGCCAUCGAGAGCCUGAUUGGCAGAGACUAUAAAGGAGUGAUGGCCAGUGGGUUGCCCAUCGCCUCGGUCAUGCAUCACCUCGGGUAUCCCGUGCCCGCUCAACUGGGCAGCAUGGUCAACUCGGUGUGGCCACAUGUGGGCAUGCUGUCUGAGCCGGUGUCAUCAGAAUACCCACCGUUCAAUGUGGCGGUCAAGGGGCUGUACCAUCAUCACCCAGGAACCCAAAGCAUGCCUGCUGUGCCCGUGCCCAUCAAACCCACACCAACCCUGGGCGCAGUCCCGUCCUUGACUGGCAUGAUGCCGGGAGUAACGCAGCUGUGCCCGAGAACAGCAGCGCUGAUGGAGAGAGACGCAACAGCUCUUGUUGAGGAGAAAAGCGGGUCUCUCCAUCCUGCUCUCCUGCAGUCCUGA